AUGGAUCGGCUUGAUCGACCUUCAGCUCUCCCGCUGGGCGGAAGAGGCCUUCCAGAGAACCCAGCUCAGGGUCGACGAGUUGCUGCCGCUGCUGCUGCCAAUAUCCCACCUCCCCCGGUGCCGCCCAUGCCCAAUCUUCGCGAUGUCCCGUCCGUAUCAGUCUUGUCGGCAUCCGCUCCUCUGUCAGCAAGCCAGGUACUUGCUCUUGCCAAGGAAGCUAUGGCCGAUGCCCGUCGAGAAAACCGGUCACAAGCCGCUGAGGCGAGCGGCGUUAGCAACGAGCUCAAGCCCGGCCUUACGAUUGACCUGAGCCGCAAGAACAUCCAGAAACUACCCGAUGAAGUGGUCGAUGUUAUCAAAGGGGAAUUGGAGCGUUUGGCUUUGUCCCAUAACAAACUGACCUCCUUUCCGACCAAGUUCUCCGAAUGCCUGUCCCUGCGCUAUCUCAACGUCAGGAAUAAUGAUAUCAAAGAAUUCCCACUACCUCUCUGUGACCUGAAAUCUCUGGAGAUCCUGGAUCUGGGCCGCAACAAAUUAAAGGUGCUACCGCCGCAAAUCGUAAAGCUGACAUCCUUGAAAGUGUUUGCUGUGCAAAAGAACCGCAUCGAGGAAUUGCCGCUCUGCCUUGCCGAAAUGGGCUCCCUUCAGGUGCUCAAGCUGGACGGAAAUCCGAUCAAGUUUCCGCCGCCAGAGGUCUUCCAGGUCCAGGCCACCAGUCCGCCCAACGAAGGCUACCUGGAAAAGAACGAAGUGGCAGAAGUCGCCGUGACGUCACAUAUCAAAAAGUUCCUCCGACAGAGAACCCAGAACGAACGGACGGAAUCUGACGCCGGAGGUGAUGAAUCAAGUGAAGGGACGGAGACGCCAAGGCAACCGAUGAAGCGCGUCGUAAGUGGACGCUUCCCCAUCAAAGUGAACGGCACAGACCUGCCCGACCUUCGAUCUCCCUCACUGUCCAGGCCACCACCCAUACCCACACGCUCCCACUACCGCGGUCUAUCCCAACAAAAUACGGCUGUGCGCAGGCCUGGAGUCAUGCCCUUGACCAUCAGCAACGCCAAUGAAAGGCUGCGCAGCAAUUCGGAGACCUUGUUGCAGCCCUCACGCGCUGAGCGUGCAGGCGAUCGCUCAAGGCGGAUGGGCAUCGUUUCCAAGAAGGCUCAAGAGCUCGGGACACUCGACGAAGUGGAGGCUAGCAACCGAUUCAGUCACUAUCGCGGAUUAAGUCACGGUUCAGCGAUGCAAGGGAGCGUGGUCCCGGUGGGCGCAAAGAGCCCCAACAGCCCUGGCGAUUCCUUGGUCACACGCCCCGUCUACGUGCGCCGCCUUUCGGUGCUCCCGGAGCGCAAGCGUGAAUCGAAGUUCUUCGACCCCGUCCUAGAAGCUGCCAAGGGCAUUCUAUACUCGAUUUUCCAGAUCCAUCCCUCAAUUCAGAUGCUGAUGGGUCUGACAAACGAUGGAUCGACGCGGCGCUCAAGCCUCGAAAUCGUGUUCUAUAACACUACUUCACAUGUCGAGGAGCUUGAGCGCGAAAUUCAGCGGCACGAUCCUUCAGUCGUUGACCCCGAGAAUCAUGGCAGCAGAGACAACGAGAACGUCCAUCGAGCCUGCGUCACUCUAGUCAAUGCUUAUGCCCACGUAUGCUCGUUACUCGCGAGCAACGUUGACCAUUUCAUUGAUAAUGGUGACCCGCGCUACAUCCGGACACUUCUUUUGCAGUUGUACAACAGUAUCAUGGAACUGCGCGUCACGGUAUCCCAGCUCACACCCGACGAGAGCACUCAGAGAAGGGUCAACAAAUCAGCAAUCGGGAGGACGUUGAAGCCUCACUCGCGCGAGAGCUCUGUAACGCCGACAGCUGAUCGGCCCUUGCUCAACCAACGCGUGGCUAGGUCCAACUUUAUACACAACCCUAGUAAUCUGCGCGUCGCUACAGACGUCCCAGCUCCUUACGUGAAUGGCAUGAACGGCGGAAGCAGGACGGCCACCAUCGUCUCGGCCACGCCUCGAUCUGGCGAGUCGUUCGUCUCGUCGGGGAGCCGCGGCCCUACAGGCGACUUUACAGAAGAGGACCGUAUGUUUGACAGGAUAUUCUUGUCGCUACAGAAAACCUCGGAUCUCGUCAUGCGGAUCCUUCCGAAUUUCAACCACCAGUUUACCUUGGCGUUGAGAAGCGCUACAGCGCAGAGAGCGCCAGACCGAGUCAUUUACUCAUGGCGAGUCCUCAUUUCCAAAUGCUCCACAGCCAUACAGCAGUGCGAGGAGCUGAAGAACCGCCUGUCCAUGAUCAAGCUCAAAGAGCCCGGCCUCCGCACGCAGGGCGCGUUCUGGACCCUGUGCAACAACUUCAUCCACUCAUGGGCAGAGCUGGCAUGCAAUGUUAGGGAAUAUAUGAACAAAAUCCAGCUGCCAAUCGAUACGAGAACGCGCCUUCGACCGGUCCAACAAUGCAUGAGGGAGCUGGUGGAUCUGAUCCUGCAAUCGCCGUGGUCCUACUUCAUCAAGCAGGGUGCUCUGUAUGCUGGGGUCACCAGCCCAUUAUCUCAGCAGGUUCAAUUACCCAUGACCCCCCAGAGCGCGGCCCUCGGCCCUGCCGUACAGGCCACGGUGCCGUCUACGCCCCAGAGCGCCUCCUUCUCUCAAGCUUUCUCCGGGAACGUUUUCGAGCGAGCCGAUGCUCUCAUCUCCAUGGGUGGCAUUUCCAUGUCUCGCGGAGGCACGUUGUCGUCGACGUCGGCUUCUUCGAGCUUCAAUUCGAUCAGUACUCUGCCUAGCAAUUCGGACGGCGUGAUGACGCCGUCCUCGACGAUUAGUCCAGGUCCGCCUGGAGGCAUGUCGUUUUCUGGAUACCGGCAGGGCAAUGGCAGCAAAGAUGCCUUCUAA